ACCAGUUGAAAAUGUCUAAUAUAGUAGAAAAUAGGUCCUAUUCAAUGUGCUUUGUUUGGAAAGUGGGCACGUGAUUGGAUGUAUUUUGGAGGUCUCUUUGCUCGUGGCAGUCAGUUUUAUGAGAAGAUGGAGAAACUUAUGAGGUACCUGACUUUCCUCAUCACCCUCAACAAGUCUGUUAUUUCUUUCAAAGUAUGGUCCCCACCCCUUGUGAUAUCUUCUGUUGGAAAUAGUGCUGUUUUUACAUGCACACAUAAUCAGAGUGAGGAACUGAUGUUAAUUACUUGGAGAAGACACUCAAACUCUUAUGGAGACCAAAAAAUUCUGGAUUAUUCACCUAAUACAUCAAAUGCAAAAAGGGUCCAACAGUAUAUUCUUGCCAACAGGGUAACAUUUUCUGAGCCUCCUAUUGUGGAUGGACAGAAAGAGACAAGCUUGACUGUGGCAAAUUUGGAUUGUCUUGAUGAAGGCAAAUAUGAGUGUGAUAUACGACUGUUUCCUAAGCCUACAGAUGGGAAUGCAUUUUCAAGGCUAACUGUACAAGUGGCCCCCAGUAAACCCACACUAGAGGCAACAUGGAUUCAGGAAAAAGUCAUCAAAUUAAUCUGCAGGAGCCAGUUUGGAAAGCCAGCAGCUCAACUGGCAUGGUAUUACAAUCAGGUUGAGUUGCUUGACAGUGACAGUCGUCUGACCACAUACAACACCAACAGUGUUGGCAGGGGAUCCUGCAAUGUGACAACAACUGUUAGUGAGUUGGCCCUGGAGUUUGGCUCCUUAUUAGAUGAGAUCACCUGUGAAAGUAGGCACCCUGCUUUCCAGAAGUCAGAAUCCACAAGGAUGAGACUUGAUGAACAAUUCUAUCCACCCAAGAACACCCCACUAAACAUUGCCCAGCUCUCAGAUGGUAACUUUAAGCUGAAUUGUUCCAAGAAUAGCCGUCCCCCUUCAACGUACCGAUGGUACCGGAUGGAAAAUGGUACAAGAACCUUGGUGUCCCGGGAGGCUACCCUGAUAGUGGACAGCCCUAGUGACAUGGCAGUAUACCAAUGUGUGGUGGACUACCCUCUCUCCGUAGUCAGAAUCACUGUCCAUCAGAAUUGGACCUUGGGUGGAAGCAAAAAUAUUGUUACCCUAGCAACAACAACUCAUGGUACUGACGCAGGUGCAGUUAUUGGAGUUACACUGGGAAUUCUCCUACUUCUGGUGCUGGCAACAAUUGCUUUCUUUAUUAUAAAGAGAAAAGUAGAAGAGGAAAAUGAAGCCCAUUUAGAAGCUAGUAAAGAUGGGGUGGUCAGCAAUGUCUAUGCUGGCAGUGAUGUAGAAAGGUCCAUUACUGACUUGGAUGCACAUUCUCUGACAGAAGGUUCAGUUCGCUAUAGCACACAUUUACAAGGUUACAUCAACGACUCAGACUAUGUUAUACCUGAUCCAGACCCAAUACACUCGGGAUCAUCUAAAACCAGUAUAUCUGGGUCAGCCAACCCCAUUGGUGUCUUUAUUUGAGGGAUUAAUGCUGAUUUGCGAGGGAAGCCUUGACAGAUGAAGAUGAAAAAUUAAAAUAUAUGGAAGGAUGGGCAGUUCUUAUAUAAUGCCCUAUGUCACCUGCUGAUCAUAACUGGAAAGCAUGCAAGAUUGAUUCUGUUUUGCAUAUUUAGUAUAUUAGUUGGUUGUAAAAUUACCUGCAUUGCCUCACAUGAUAGACUAUUUCCAGUGAUACUAACUUGAUUUCAUUUUUAGAUUUAUUGAUUUUAUCUUGUUUUAAUUAUAUCUAAGUAGUUUCUAAUGAGAACAAAAUGAGUGUAAAUAGAAAUACCAUAUUUUUCUUGUAAGUUAAAAUUAUAUAUAUA